AUGUCUACAAUCACAACACCUCCUUCAAACACGCUUUCGCAACAGGAUUUCUCUUUACUGCAGUUUCGACUGUUGGAUUUUUUGGCCUCUCAAGAAUCUAGAAAGGUCAUUGCUGCUUCCAAAGAAUUAACAUUGUUGCGACAGAGCAUUCAAACGUUGAAGAAUAAAGCCACUAAUUUGAAACCAGAAGAAAUGACUUUGGAAGAGAAGCAAUCUGCCAUACGUAUGCUGCAGUCCAGGAUUUCCCUUAAAAAAUCUUUUCUCUCCCGAAUUCGCUCUGAAUCCGAAACAGCUCAAGACAUUUCCAUGCAAGAAGCUGUUUGA